UAGCUGAGUCUCAUGUUUACGUGGAAAACAUGGCGGCGGACUACCAGCAAGGAGAAGAAGACAGCUCCCAGUGACCUGCUGACUGACAGCAGCGAGCUGGAAACCAAACCAGACACAUAAUCAACCCGUUAGUGAUUAGAUGAAGCAGUCUCUCUCUUGUUUCAGCCACAGGGACCGAGGUCAUGGAGGACGAGGAGAGGCAGAAGAAGCUGGAGGCCGGCAAAGCAAAGUUGGCUGAGUAUCGCCAGAGAAAAGCUCACGCGGACUCCCAGAAGAAACAGAAGAAGAAGAAGAAAAGGAAGCCGGGAGAGGACUCGGAGGGGGACUUGCAGGGACGGGUGGAGGUCGAGCCGGAUCGGACUGUGGGAGGAGAGGAGGAGGUCUCAGGUGGAGGACGAGAUGGAUCACAAGAAGGAAAUAAAGACCCACCCACCACAGAGUUUACCUUCGCCAGGACACUGCGGAGCGGAGAGACUGUCAAGCACGACCAGACCUACACCAUAGAGCCGGAGAGUGAAGUGUCCACUACUGCUGAAGAUUAUUCCUCAGAGGUAAAUGGGUGCCAUGAUGAGAUGACAGAGAGCCUAACUACGGAUUUUAUCUGGGAGGAGGUGGAGCCCCUCCAACAGGUGACGAAGGGAGGUACGAUGGAGGAUGCACUCGCCGCCAAGACCCAGGCAGUGGAGGAGCUGAGUCGAGAGCUUGAAGAAAUCAGGUCUGCCUUUGGCACAGAGGGAGUACAGCAGCUGCAGGACUUUGAGGCUGCUCUGAAGCAGCGAGAUGGCAUCAUCACCCAGCUCACAGCCAACCUUCAGCAGGCUCGUGAGGAGAAAGACGAGAUCAUGAAAGAAUUCCUGGAACUGACGGAGCAAAGUCAAAACCUACAUAUUCAGUUCCAGCAGCUGCAGGCAGGCGAGACGCUGAGGAACACCAGCCACAGCAGCAAAGCAGCUGAUCUUCUGCAGGCCAGGCAGCAGCUCAUGCAGUACCAACCGCAGCUGGAGGAGCUCCAGCACAAGCUCAGCGAGAUGGAGAUGUUAGGGAGAAGAUCAGAAGAAUCAUUCACACAAAGGAUGAAUGAAAAGGACCUGCUAAUUGCUGAACAAGAAAAGGUUAUUUUGAGUCAGACGCAGUCGCUGACAGAGUUAAGGACGUCGGAGGUGUCUUUUGCACAAACACUGAAAGAGAAAAAUCAGUUGAUUUCAGAGCAAACUGCAAUAAUCACAGAACACGAGCUGUCAUUGACCCUGUUCAGAGAGGAACUUGCUCAUGUGGGACGGACUACCGAUGAGAAUAUUAUAGGCCCAUCAGAUGAGAAAGACCCGAUUAUAGCAGAGCAAGCGAGAGUCAUUUCAGAGCGCGACUGCUCUCUUACCCAACUCGAGGAUGAGCUGGAGUCCUCGGAAAAACACCUGCGUGACCUCCAACAGCGAAUGGCUUCAAAAGAGUCAGAGCUUGAAGGAUGCAUGGACGAGUUGGAGAGCAGCAAGUCUGACUUGAAAAGCUGCAAAAGCGAAAUAGAGAGUUGUAAAUCAGAAUUGGAGAGAGAGCGAGUGGAGUUAGAAAGCUGUAAGGGUGAACUUGCAACAUCCAGACAGAAAGAGCGAAUGUCAUCUAAUGAAAUCAUGCAACUCAUGGGCACAGUGGAGGACCUGCAGAAGCGUUGUCACCAGGGCAGCCUGUCUGAGAGCGACACCAUGCAACAAAUGCAGGGAGAGACCGCGAGGAAGCUGGAACUUCUCAGGGCGGAGCUGGACGAGAUGUACGGCCAGCAGAUAGUCCAGAUGAAGCAGGAGGUUAAUUUUCAGCAUGCAGCAAAAGUGGAGCAAAUUACCUCGCAACAUCGCGCUGAGCUCGAGCUUCUAAAAGCACAACAACUGUCUCAAAGCUCCUCUGUUAGUGUUGAGGUGGACAUGCUCAAUUCUAAGAUUAGGGAGCUUCAAGAGACAUUACAGCAAUCCCGAGCAAUGCAUGAUAAAGCCAGACACGAGCUUAGCCAAGUCGCCCAAGAGAAGUCCAACCUGCAGGCCAAGGUUAAGGAUCUCCUCCAAGAUCUGCGUUCCGCUAAAGAACAAAUGGAGCGAAUCUCCCACAAUCUCAUGUCUCAGGAAGGCCAACAAGGUGAACUGCAGCGUCUCCAGGAGACUAUUGACGAUCUGAAGAGCGAGCUGGCUGCUGCUCAGGAAGCGGCACAAGAAGUAGAAAUAAAACACGAUUCAGAAGUUACCAAUUAUAAAAUCAAGCUGGAGAUGCUGGAGAGGGAGAAAGACGCCGUGCUGGACCGCAUGGCGCAGUCACAGGAAGCAGAGCUGGAGCGACUGAGGACUCAACUUUUGUUCAGCCACGAGGAAGAGCUCAUCAAUCUUAGGGAAGACUUGCAAAGGGAGAACUUCCUGAACACCGAAAACCUUCUCAACGAAGCCGCUGUCAAACACGAGAAGGCGCUGGAUGAGCUGCGCAUCGGUUACGACGAAGAACUUAAAUUGUUACAAAGAGAGAAGGAAAGUUCUGCCACAGAGCGAGAUGAGCUUUUUAACCAAAUUCUCGGACUAAAGGAGGAUCUAAAGCUCGCUCUGCACAGCUCCAAAGCAGAUGAGCUCGUCCAGCAGCUACAAGAGCUCCAGGUAGAGCUGGAGGAUCUGAGAAAGGGAGGAGAAGAACGAGCUCGAAUGGAAAACGAAAUUCAGUCAUUACUAAAAAAGACGAAGGCGCUCGAAAACCAGACAAAAGAGAGAGAACAAGGUUGGGAGAGCAAAUGGAAAGAGCAGGAAAUGGAAAAAGAGACGUUGAUAGAAUCUAAUAACGCUUUCAAAGAAGAGUUGGACUCAAAGAUUCAGAAAAUUGAGACACUCACAGCUGAGAACGAUCAAAUACAGCAACAAGUAGUUGAGCUUAGUGAGGAAAUUGAAAAGCAGAGGACCACUUUCUCUUUUGCUGAGAAGAAUUUCGAUGUAAACUAUCAGGAGCUGAAGGCGGAGUACACGUGUCUUAUUGAGGCAAAAACACAGUUAGAGGAGAGGACACUGAAGGAGACACUUGAGUUUGAGGCAAAAAUUGCGAGCCUGCAGUCACAGAUUCGGGAGCUGGAGGAGAGCAGCAGCGAUAUCAAAAUGGAGGACAUGAAUACAGAUAGACGGGAACAAGCUGUGAUAGAAAAAGAUACUACUGAGCUAAUGGAGAAGCUUAAUGUUACUUUGAGGGAGAAGGAAAGCAUGGCCGGGAGGCUUUCCGAAGUUACAGAGCAACUGAUGUUUACAGAGGGCAAAGUGGGGCAGCUGGAAGAAGAGCUGAUGAAAGUGAGACGAGAAAAUACGAAGGUCAUCGCUCAAAGUGAGAGCCUCGGGAAAGAACUGGAAAAGAAGCGAGAGAUUAUGAGAGAGCAGUCGAAGGGGCAGGACGCCCAGAGAAAAGCUAAGCUCCAGCAUGAAGUGCAAGCUGUUGAGCCGGUUUGUUCUUUCGAGGAUCACCACCUUCAGAUUCAAUCUUUGCAAGAGGAGAUAAAGGCUCUUCAGUCCCUCUUACAGGCAGCUGGAUCCGAGAGAGACGGCGUCCGGCAGACCUCAGAGCUCCAGAGGCUUUCACAGGCUCCAUCCUCAUCAGCAGCAGCUCCAGCAGCAUCCCAGUCCUCAGGAGAGGGACCUGUCGAAGGACGAUCUUCCCCGCACAAGCCCACAGCCCCAGGGUCAAGCAGGCGCAAGAGGCGGCAGAGGUCGAAGCAGGAGCGCAAACUGGGCACCGCUCUCCCAGACUGCAGAGAGGAAAAGCAAAGGGAGGAGGAAGAGGAGGCAGUGGGGGAGGAAGAGAGAGCAACAAGUGCUGCAGAGCAGGAGAUGCAGCCUCAGAUGGAGAGCCAGGUUAUGUCAUGUUCACAAGAGAGGGCCGGUAAGGAGGACUCCACUGACGGGUACCAGGGAGACGGAGGCAGAGACUACAUCAACAAACAGGUGAGCAGACAUGGGACGGGCCGCCACACGGAGCCUGUCGUGUGUCAGGGAGCAGAGGAAGAGACUACUGAGCAUGGUGAGUGCAGGCUGCAGAUGGAGGCCCAGCGCAUCAGCCUCUCUCAGAUCCACGCUGCCCAGCUCGAGCUGCUGCAGGAGGAUUCGGACGCCCGCACACACACUCUGGAGCUAAAACUGCAGAACCUGAAAGAUCACGGUGACCACCGGGAUGAACCGAAAAUCUUCAAAUACCACAACAUGUUACAAGUCGUGUCAGAAGAAUGCAGUGAGAUCAUUCAGUGUUUUCGAAAGAUGUUUGGUGAAGAGUUUUUGGAAAGUGUUGCUGCAGAGGGCCGACCACCCCCCUCAGAGGAAACACCAGAAACUAGUGAAUCCACCUCCAUCGUACUGGAGGCCAGAGUGCUUUACAGAGAUCUUCAGCAGGUGAGAGAGAGGAUUGAGCAGGAGCACCAUCGACUGUCACAGCUCCAGGUUCUGCUCAGAGCUGAUGGCGACAAGAUGACGGAGCUGCAGGAGGCCUAUGAUGAACUGAAGAGCAGCAGUGAGAGGGAGAUCUCUGACCUGCUCAUGCAAGUUUCCAGCUCAAGCCGCUCUACAAGCAAAGAUCCGGAGGAGCGGCCCGGCGCACCAUCCACCUCCCUCGCCAAGGAGUUACAGAGGCUGAAGGCCGAAGAGCAGGAGAAGCAGCUCCAGCUGGAGGAGAGCCACAGACAAGAGGUGGAGCGUCUCCGAGCUCACUACCAGCAGCAGGCCGCAGAGAGCGAGGAGCGAUACGCCACCGAGCUCUUCAUGCUGCAGCAGCGACUGCAGGAGGUCACUGGCACUCAGACCCUCGACAGCGCUCCAGAGUCCAGCGGUGAGACGAUGGAGGAGCACGGAGACGAGCUAAAGGAGCUGGUUGAGGAGGAACUGUCCGAGGGAGGUGUGGAACCGCGCUGGCCCGUCAGGUCCCCAGGCCUGACGGCACAGCUGCAGGCGCUGAGGAAAGCUCUCUACCACAAGUACGUCCAAGAAGUAGCCGCUCUCAAAGAGCAGCACAACAGAGAGCUGAGGAGGCUGACGGACGAAAAGGAGCAGGGGAGGAGAACAGAGGAGCGCCAGGAGGAGAGAGGAGGGAGAGACCGGGAUCUCAACGGUAUUAACGGCGCUGGAAGCUCCAGUGAGAGCCUCGGGGCAGCUGGGCAGGUCGCGUUGGAAGACAAACAACACUCAGAGAGAAUAGAGGAGGAAGUUGCCAAGGCCAUAGUUCAGAUGUCCGUGGAGUUUGCACAGCAGAUUGAGCUGGCUCGGAUCAACAAGCGCGCCUGCCAGAGGAGCGCCUCCAUGCAGACCCGGUUAGAUAAAGAGGAGGCGGAGGAGACGGAGGACGAGGAAGGGGCGACUCCCAGAGCUCCUCUCACCUCGGGCGCCUGGCUGGAGGAAGUGGAGAAGGAGAGACUGGAGAGGGAGCUGGAGGAGAGGAACGCCGAGAUCAGAAAGUUAAAAGAGGAGCUGCAGAAAACCGAGUCAAAACCCGAGCAGCCCUUAAAGAAGAGAGAGGACGCUCAAGAAGAAGAAGUGGAGGGAGAGGAAGAUCCAGGCGGGUCGGGAAUAAAGCGGGCUGGUGGAGGCAAACUGUCAUCACAGGAUGAUGGAGAGUCCUCCGAUAAGGACACUGAAAGAAACGUCCUGCGGAAGGCCAAUGAGAAGCUCAGCCAGGUGCUGGUUGACGUCCUGAAGACUACAGCAGCAGCGGAGGAAACGAUUGGCCUCCACAUGCAGAGAGCUAACACUGAGCCCGUCAGGCCUCACGCUGCAGGUCACUCUGCAGAAGGUAACCAGGGCAGCGAGACUGCCGCAGACGAUGCGAGCCUGUGGUCCGGGGAGACGGAGGCUGACGAGGGUCUGGAGGUGUCUCAGCAGAUGAUGGAAAGCCUGCUGCUGGGGGCGGAGACACAGCUGGAGAACGAGGAGCAUCUGAUGGGCAUCAGCAGCCGACUCCAGACGGCUCUGGAGAAGAUGUUGAUGGCCAUCACCGACACCUCCAACCAGCUUGAACAUGCCAAGAUGACCCAGACCGAGCUGAUGCGGGAGUCCUUCCACCACAACCGGGAGAUGAACGAGCUGCUGCAGAAGCAGGAGGAGCUGCAGGAGAGGCUGUCCGAGGAGUCCCGGGCACGCGAGCAGCUGGCUCUGGAGCUCCACCGCGCUGAGGGUCUGAUUGAUGGCUACACGGGCGAACGGGCUGCGUUGGAGGAGCAGUUGCGUCAGAAGGACGAGCUCCAGCUGAGCCUCGAGCAAGAGCUGCAGGUGACAGGAAGCCGGCUGAACGAGUUGGAACAGGAUAGGCUUCAGAUGCAGGACGAGCGAGAGCUGCUGUCACGUCAACAAGACGCCAUGAGGGAAGACUCCGGGCCCCGCGAGCUUCGCCUAGUUGAAGCUGCAAUGGUUGCAGCACCUGAAGCAGACCUCCUGGAGGAGACGGAGAAGCUGAUGAAAGAGAAGGUGGAGGUCCAGCGGCAGGCGGAGAAGGAGAACACCGACCUCCUGAAGCAGGUGAAGCUGCUGGAGGCGGAGCUGGAGGAGCAGGUCAACAGGGUGAUCGAGCUGGAGCAAGCUCAGAGCACGGAGAGCGGAGACCUCCAUCAGCAGGUCCAAGCUCUGGAGAAACAGCUGGACAAGAACAGGAGGUUCCUCGAUGAACAAGCUGUGGACCGAGAACACGAGAGGGACUUCUUCCAGCAGGAGAUCCAGAAACUGGAACAACAGCUGAAGAAUCCACAGAAGCUUCAGGCUGGCUCCGAGCAAAGAAACCGAGAGGUGGACCAGCUGACCUCCCAGCUGAAGGAGAAGGCGGAUUGGUGCAGUGAGCUGCUGCUCAGCUCAGAGCAGCUGCGUCGUGAGUUGGGAGAGCGCGACGAAGAGAUUGACAAGCUGGAGAGCCGCAUCCGCGAGCUGGAGCAGGCCCUGCUGGCCAGCGCUGAGUCCCUGGAGAAGGUUGAACAAAAGAAGCAGCAUGCAUCCAUCACAGAGGCAAAACAGUCCACACUGGAGGCUCAGUUACAGACGGAGAGAGAAGCUCUGGAGAGGAAAGAGAAAGAGAUCUGUAACCUGGAGGAGCAGCUGGAGCAGUUCAGAGAGGAGCUGGAGAACAAGAGCGAGGAGGUGCAGCAGCUCCACAUGCAGCUGGAGAUCCAGAGGAAGGAGAUCAGCAGCCAGCAGCAAUACCUAGAAACGAGGGACACCAUGCUCCAGGUGAUGGAGGAGAAGGACAGGGAAAUAGGUCUUCUUAAUGAAAAGAUCACUAAGCUCCAACAAACGGAAACAGCCUCUGAUAACAAGGAAAUUGAUGUGAGGGAUGAGCUGAUUAAAGACCUGGAGUCCCAGGUGGAGUGCCUGCAGAGCGAACAAGAACGCUUGAAGAAGAAUAAUGAGGAGGAGCUCGACCAACUGAAUGCAGUCAUAGACAGACUUCAGCAGGAGCUGGCCAAUAUUGAGCAGAAGCAGGUCGCAGAGGAAGAGGACGACACCAAGGCUGAGCCAGAGAGCGCCGUAUGGGAGCCGAGUAAAGAGGAAUAUGAUGAAGUGAAGCAGAGAAGUGACCUGGCCACCAAAGAGGUCAUUACACUCAAAACAGAGCACAGUAAGCUGCUGGGGACAUACCUGCGUUUGAAAGAGAGCGCAGAAGCUUUAGCUGAAACUGAAAAACCGGACAACUCAGAGGGUGAACUGGAAGAUGCUCUCAGAGAGAAAACUGCAGGUCUUGUUGUCAUGCAGGCCCAAGUUCAAGCUUUAGAGCAGAGUGCAACAUCCAGAGUGGAAGAGUUGGACCUCCGCAUCCAGGAGCUCGAGGAUAUAGUCGGUGAAAAGGACAGCGAGUUGAGCCACUGUCGCCUCCUUGUGGAGCAAACGCGAAGCCAUGCAGACGGUCUCCAACAGAGGGUCUCGACUCUGGAGGAAAACCUGAGGGAGAAACUGGCUGAAGUGCUCGUCAGCCAGGCCACACUGGAGGCCUUCCAGCAACAGCAGUCACAAGGAUCCAAAGAAAACCAGGACCAGCAGAGACAGGCUGAGACACACGUGAAGCCAAAUGUGCAGCAACACGUCUAUGACUUUGGUGACUUUGGUCUCCCCCAAAUGGAUUUCAGUGGAAUUGGUCAAGCGAGACAAGUUCCCGCAGGGAAGGUGGUCCAUCUGACCCAGAGGCUCCGGGAGCUGGAGGUGGGACUCAGCGGGAUGCAGAAAGACCAGGAGCUCCAGAAGCAGCUGCUCUCCAGCUCCGAGGAGGAGGUGCUGGAGUACGAGAAGAGGCUGGCCGUGCUCAUGGAUCUGCUCAGUCAGAUGAAGGCCAGCACGCCUCAGAGGAAGUCACCGGCUGUGGGGGCGUCCUCUGCUAAUGUGCAGCCGGCUGCCGUGUCGGAGCUUCUUCAGGAGCUGCAGGAGGUCAGAGACGAGGCCUCGGCCACCAAAGAGCAGCUGGGCAGCUGCAAGGAGAGCUGCAGCAGACUACAGGAGGAGCUCCAGGACAAAAAGGUUACAAUAGAGAGACUACAGGAGCAACUUCAAAAGGUAUCAUCUGGAGGCCGUGAGGAGACGAAGGUGUCUGAGCUUCAACAGGAGUUAAAGGAGGCUCAAAAUGAGGCGGCUUCCACCAAAGAGGAGCUGAACAGCUGCAAGGAGAGCUUAGAGAAGAUGCAGGAGCUGCUGCAGGAGCGGGAAAUGGCCAUCGCUCACCUUAAAGGAGAACUUUUUGAAGUACAAGCUGAUGAAGACAGAGCCAACAUGACGGAGCUUCUCCAGGAGGUCAGAAACGAUGCGGCUUCCACCAAAGAAGAGCUCGACAGCUACCGGCAACACAAUGAGAAACUUCAGGAGGACCUCCAAGUCCGUGAAGUUUCCAUUUCUAAACUCAAAGAGGAGCUGCAGGGGGUGAGAAAGAAUGUGGAUACCACCAAAGAAGAGCUCAGCGGCUACAAGCAGCACAAUGAGAAACUACAGAACGAACUCCACGUCCGCGAGCUCUCCAUCUCUAAGCUCAAAGAGGAGCUCCAGGAGGUACGAACAGCCUUGAUGAAGACGGUGGAUUCAAGUCCUUCAUCUCCUUCUCCCUCUCCGUCUCCUCAACCGGUCUCCUCUGCUUCUUCCUCCUCCACCACCCAGCCUAAAAGGAAAGGAGGCAAACAGCCGGCUGGUAAAGGAAGCAGUGCCAAAGAUAAACCAUCUCUCUCCAGGAAGAACUCUGCCGCUUCCAGCCAGUCCGCCAACAAAUCUCACAGCACUCGGCUAAACAGCAGCUCCGAGCAGCAACAGGUGGCGGUGGCACACUCGUUCACGCAGACCGAACCUCUUCAAAUGUCCGACCUCGGCCUGGAAAACGAGUCUGCGACCAAAGAAGAGAUGGAGGAGGUGAUCGGAGAGUUCCAGGAGAAGAUCGUGCAGAUGCAGGAGCUCCACGCGGCGGAGAUCCUGGACAUGGAGGCUCGGCAUAUUUCAGAGAGCGAGAGCCUUCGUAGGGACACACAGGCUCUGGAGGACGAGUGUAAGGCCCUCAAGACGGUCAUCGACAAGCUGCGCUCCACAGAGGCCCCUUCAUCAAGACCAGACCGUCCAACAUCACUGUUCAAAGAUGGCUACACGAGUGACAGCAGCUCAGACUACAGCCAGCGGGUUGGGUUUGACUUCCCGAGUUUGCAGCAGGAGUUCAGAUCGACUCCAGAGGGCGCCAGGAGAGAGGCUGAUGAUCCGCUGCCUGACCGGAUCAAGACGUUGCUCCGUGAGGUGCACCAGGAGGGCAUGCAGGUGCUCUCCCUGUCAGAGCUUCCUCUCACUGAAGGCGAGCCGGGCAGCCAGUUCAACGUCCCGGGCUGGGCGAAGGAAAGAGACGCCUUACUGGCGACUGUGGAGUCUCUCAAAGGCCUCAUCACCCAGAUGCAGACACACAGAGAAACACAGACGUCAGGCGGCAGGGACUGGCGCGGGGAGCUGCUGGAUGCAGUGCGGCAGGUGUUUAUGAGGGAGCGCAGCGUGCUGAAGAGCGCCCUCUACAGCCAGCUGGACCUGCUGGACACCAGCGAUGCCAUCAUCCACCUCAAUCAGCUGGAGCACAGACUGGCUGAACAGGACGCCCAGCACAGAGAGGCGAUGGGGUCGCUCCACACUGCUGACAGGUCCAGUCUCAUCUCUGAGAUCCAUCAGCUCCGUGGUCAACUAGAGCAACUUCAUCAAGGUGCCCAGCCUGCUGUGUCACUGGGUGGUGAACGUAGCGUGAAGGAGCAGAGGGAGGCCGGAGGAGCCGAUGGAGCAGCGGAGGCCGACAGGCUGCUUGUGGAGGAGCUGAAGGGGGAACUGUCCCAGACUAAACUGGAGCUGGAGACGACGCUCAAGGCUCAGCACAAACACCUCAAAGAGCUGGACACACUCAGAGCGGAGGUAUCGCAGAAGGCUGUUGAGGUGGACGCACUGAACGACCAGCUGGUAGAGGAGAGGAAGAGAAGCAGAGAUCUUCAGUGGGCCGUGGAGAAGGAGAGGUGUCGAACUGGGAGAGACGAGGAGAGUAAACGAGAGGAACUGGAGGACCUUCACCUCACUCUGGAGGAGCAGAAGAGCCGCGUGGCCCAGCUGACCCUGACCCUGGAACAGGAGCGUCAGGCCUCCUCUCAGCUCUCCCAGGAGGCCGAACAGGAGCGCCUCAGCCUCCACAGACGCCUCCAGGAGCUCCAGGUCCAGCUGGAGACGGAGCGAGCCAAGGCCCUGGAGAUGAGCACGGCGCUGGGGAGGGAGAGGGAGCUGCGGACGGCCGUCUCCUCGGAGGGCGGUCCCUCAAGCGAGCAGCGGGUUGAGCAGGAUGGAAGGGGGCUCGACGAGGAAGGGAGUCUGCUGGAAAGACUGCAGAGGGAGCUGGAUGACAAACAUGCACAGGUGGUGCAUCUCCUCAGUCAGGUGGAGGCCCAGAAGCUGGAGGUGGUACGGAAAGAGGAGGUGCUGACUCUGGGGAGUCAGAGGUCGAGACGGGACCAGGAGGCGCUGCUGGAGGCUCGGGCCCAGCAGGAGAGGCUGGAAGCACGGAUGUCCGAGUCCCAGGAGCAGCUGGAGAGAGAGAUGGAGAGGAGGAAGAGUCUAGAAGAAGAGAAGGAGAGACUGGAGGAGAGGUUGAACCAGUUAGAAGAGCAGAGAGGAGGGAGGGAGGGGAGCGGACCUCUGCAGGCUGACGGCCACAGCCAGGCUGUCCGGCACGGCGAGUCCACCGACCGCACCAAAGACUGGGUGUUCCAGCAGAAGAGUGGAAAUGUUCAGUCAGCCUCUCCAACAGGUCCCGCCAGCGGACCACACCACGGUCCUUGGCGCACAGCCGACAAGAUCUUGGGCAAACUCCACCUCAUUUCCUCCAAGAUCCGCGGCAUGGCGAACAAGAAUACCGACAGGCUGACUGCAGAGGUCGACAGUGAAGAGUUAUCCUGGAUGCAGUCCAAUGUUGAUGAGGUCAUCACCAUGCUACAGCAAUCCCCAGGUCUACCCUCCGUCCCCGAGCAGAGCGUUUCCCUGCUGGCAGGAGGCUCCUCCAGCUCCUCCAACUCCCUAACGGAACGGCUGCUGAGGCAGAACGCCGAGCUGACAGGUUUCGUCAGCCGUCUGACCGAAGAGAAGAACGAUCUGAGGAACCACACGCUCCGCUUGGAGGAAGAGCUCCGACGCCACCGGCAGGCUGGACUGGGAUCAGGCGACAGCCUCAGCAGCAGGAAAGGAGUGUCGAAGACGGACUCAGCAGGUAUGAUACUUUCCCAGGAGCGGGAGGCUUGGACGAGAGAGAAGGUCCGCCUGGAGAAAGCUUUACUUCUGGCUCAGGCCCAGGUGGCCCGACUCCGGGGGGAGAUCAGGACCGACACCCUGCGAGAGAUAACUGGACCUGAGGCUGACAAUGCUGCACUGAAGAGAAUGUACGGGAAGUACUUGAGGUCAGAAAGCUUCCGCAAAGCUCUGAUCUACCAGAAGAAGUAUCUGCUGUUACUGCUGGGCGGCUUCCAGGAGUGUGAGGAAGCCACCCUGUCGCUCCUCUCCAGGAUGGGCGGCCGGCCGUCGCUGCCCAGCCUGGAGUCCCUCAGCCAGCGCCGCCGGGGGCUGAUGCGCUUCCGCUCUGCCGUCCGAGUCUCUAUCGCCCUCUCCAGAAUGCGUUUCCUAGUGAAGCGAUGGCACAAGGCGACGGGGAUGAACUCCAUAACCUCCUGCAGCGUCAACAAGAACGGAGCAGGACAGAUGUUAGGUACAGACGUGAGAGACUCACCAUAUCUUCACCCGGGCAGCGUAGAGAUGUACAGAGACAGAGGAAGUGGAGGAGGAGUCUCCAGCAGCAGGGGGCGAAGUGGACGUGAAUCCCCCAGAUCGGCCGUCUCCUCCACACAGCACAGGUUUCACCUGGCUGGAGACCACGGAGCUCUCACCUGUUCCCACCUGCAGAACUACGACCCCGACCGAGCGCUCACCGACUACAUCUCCAGACUGGAGGCGCUGCAGAGGAGGCUGGGGAGUGUGACAUCAGGUGCUUCAUCAUAUGCUCAAUUGCACUUUGGCUUGAGAAGAUAGACGCCGUCAAGUUACUUUGGCUUGAAGAAACUCAGUUGCCUUUUCUCGUGCUGAGCGCUCUGCUGUUUUCUAUCAUUCUGGUGUGGACUGUAUCUCUCCAUGUGGACCAAAACACAUUUUUUAAUAUUAGUGUACGACAUGUUGUAUUCAGGCUUUUUGUCGCCAGCACUUGAAAAACAGCUACGUUUGUAAAUGAAUCUGCCUCUUUGUUGUGGAUGAUCUACAAUCAUGUAUAUUUGUCUGAUGCUAAUUUAAGACCUCGUGAUUAAUUUAUAUGUUUGUGUUGUAUGGGUGGAGCGUUAUGUAGAGAAUGUUUGGGUUUACCGUUGAGGAGGCUGCUAACUGGAUGAUAUUCUACACUACACUGUGUUUUGUUUAGGCCAGACAGACUACAGAGGACAUUUGUAGAGAACGUAUUUUUGUAAAGCGUAGGAGCUUUGAAUUUUCUGGGUAUUUUGUCAAAAACUGAAAUAAAGAGGACUACAUUAUUUGAAA